AUGGCGGUGCUUGCGUUCCGCAAGACCGUUUUGCUCGGGGGUAUAUGGACAAGAGAGCUGAUGCUGAAUUCCUCUUUGUUGAAGAAAGCCGUCGAACUCGUGGUUAACGAACUCUCGGCCUCCGUCAGUGCGAAUGAUGUGUAUGUUCCUGUUAGUUUGUCUUUCAAUAAAAAUCACAAAGUUAAUGAAAAUUUUAGCAACAUCAGAUUUCGCUUUACACGGAAAAAUCCAGCUGAAACGAGAAAAAUCGUCAACUAUAAGAAGGAACGUAGAGGUAUUUCCAUUGAUGAGGUGCUCGAACCGACGGAGCUAUUUAAGCCGGCGGAGGUGCCGGCUCCGGCGCCGGCACCAGUGGAGGCUGCUGAUUCGCCGAAAGCGGCUGAAAAGAACCGGACGCAUGAGACACCACCAGCGGCGAGCCCGGGCGGGAAGGCGGAGGAUCAGAAGGCGGCGGAUAAUAACAGAGCUACUGCUGCUGCCGGUAAGUCUGUUGUCGGCGGUGCUGCUGCGGUGGCUGCGCUUUUUGCUUUAGUUUUUGGUUAGGAUUUUAUAUGUUUCUGUUCUCAGUUUUUUGCUGGUGAAAUUGGUUUGGGAAAAUAAGAGAGGAAUGGGAGAAAAUUUGUUAUCAUAGUGUGAUAUAUUUUGUAUUAGGAUAAAAUUAUUUUAUUGUUUGUGUUUUUAAUUU